UCUGGACUGUUCUGCUGCUGCUCGUGUUCAACCAACGCCAACCGAGGCAGCCUCGGGAACCAGAAACAGCGUUUUCAGUUUUGUCAGUCCCCUGCAGGGAUGCAGCGACGGGAGUUGUGUCUUUGAGCUGCAGCGGAUGACCGUGGCGUUGCUUUGUGCUAUUUGAAGUUGUGACCCUGGACUGUGCAAACCGCUGUGUGGCGGCUCACUGCCCGGAGAGUCCGGGCUGGAUAUGCCACAGGUGGAAAGGUGUGGAGCGGCAGGCUGUGGCCCGGAGCACGGAGCAGAGAUCCGCAGGUUGUGAAGAUGUGGAGCUGGGUUUUCACUGUGGCUGUCCUGUUGUCCUCCAUCAAACAGGCUAAAGCUCAGGGCAGAUGUAAUAAUGUGCAGGCAGCAGAUAUUGUCUUCCUGGUGGAUGGAUCCUCCAGUAUCGGCCGAGCAAACUUCCUGCAGGUGAAGGGCUUCAUGGCUGGAAUCGUAAAGCCAUUUGCCGGCUCCGUUGGCGAGUCAGGGAUUCGGUUUGGGGCCAUACAGUACAGUGACACCUCAAGGGUUGAGUUCACCUUCACUACCUACCUGAAUGGCACUGAAUUAGUCAACGCUGUACAGAAUCUAAACUAUAAAGGUGGAAACACACGCACUGGAGCUGGACUCAAGUUUGUCGCCGAUAACUUCUUCAAUCCUGCAUCCAGUCGAGAUGUCCCAAAGAUCACCAUCCUGAUCACAGACGGGAAGUCCCAGGACAGUGUGCAGGAACCAGCGCAGAAGCUGCGCAGUCAGGGAGUGCAUGUAUUUGCAGUCGGCAUUAAGAGUGCAGACAGGAAUGAAUUGGCUCAGAUCUCCUCCCAGCCCAGCAAUGAUUUCACCUCCUUUGUUGGAGACUUCAAGCUGCUGAACACACUUCUUCCUCUCGUGAGCCCUCGAGUGUGCUCCAAAGCAGGAGGAGUCUAUGCCAGUGAUGAGGCCUUUUCUGGUCCAUCCAACAUCCAGUUCACUGGCCAGACGUCUGACACUCUCCGAUUUCGCUGGAGUGCUGCAGGAGGGCCUGUGAGCGGCUAUGUAGUCCAGUAUGUGCCGCUCUCUGGCCUCGGUCAGCCAAUCACAGCAGAGCUGCGUCAGGAGACUGUUGCUGCGAAUCAGAGGACCUUCACUGCACGAGAGCUGAGGUCAGGAACAGACUACCUGGUAACUGUCAUCGCACAGUACCCCAACAGCGUGGGAGAGUCUGCUUCUGCCAAGCAACGAACCAGGUCGUUGCCAGGUGUCUCCAGCCUACGCUUGGUCCAGGCAGGAUUCUUUUCUCUGUCUGUGGGCUGGGAUGUGCCUUCAUCUGCUGUCCAGGGCUACAGACUCACCUAUGGCCCACGAGGUCAACCAGCUGCUCAGCUGUUGGAGCAGUCGCUGGCUGCAGACUCCACAUCUGUCACCUUGGAGUCACUUCAGCCCGACACAGAGUAUGUGAUCAGCCUCUACCCCCUGUUCCCCCGAAACUCUGCAUCCCCAUCUGUCCUCAACGCCCGCACACUGCGCCUCGAGGCCGUGCAGCAGUUGUCAGUGGACACGGUGUCAGAGGGCAGCGUUCGAGUGCGAUGGAGAGGCGUCAGCGGUGCAAGAGCCUACCGUCUAGUGUGGGGACCUUUUACAGGUCGUAAUGUCGAGACCGUGGAGGUUGCUGGUGACAGCGAGUUCUACACAUUGUCCAGGCUGCAGCCGGAUACCGAGUACAUUGUCACCAUCAUCCCGCUGUAUGAAGGCAACACCGAGGGCCCCGUUGCAACUGCAAGGUUCAAGAUCGAGCGUCAGGAGCAGCAGGUCCUCAGAGCAGCUACUACUGGCUCCUCGUCUAUUCGCCUUACCUGGAGAAUCAUCCAGUCCUCUCGAGGGUAUCGUCUGGAGUGGAGAGAAGGGGAAGGAGGUCGUGUCCAGACCCUGUCCUUCCCCAGAAGCACCACCAGCCAUGAGCUGACAGGCCUUCAACCCAACACUGAAUACGUCAUCACCCUGUACACCCUGUACGAAGGCCGUGAGGAGGCCACACCUGUCUCCACCACAUCCAGAGAGGAACAGCCAGUGGGGAGGGUGUCCAACCUGCGAGUGGUGGAGUCUCUGGGCAGCACUGUCAGACUCGGCUGGACAGGUGUAGCUGGGGCCACACAGUAUCGAAUCAUUAUCCAGAACACAGAAGUGGGAACAGACGAAAUCCGAGUUAUCUCCGGAAACCAGACGACCCUGGACCUCAGAGACCUCAUAGUGGGAGUGUCAUAUGGCGUCAGUGUCACAGCACUGGUGGGAGAAAACGAAGGAGACCCAGUUACUGUCUACAUCAAACCAGAACAAAGUGCUGGGAGAGUGACAAAUCUCAGAGUUACAAAUGCAAACAGUCGAAGGAUGCGAAUUGCUUGGACUGGUGUUACUGGGGCAACAGGGUACAGGGUGACUUGGAGACAAGGCAGCAGUGCAGAACAGUCUCGUGUGCUUGGCGCGGAGGCCACAACUUUCACUAUGGACGGCCUGCAGCCAGACGAGGGGCUGGUAAUUGGUGUAGCAGCUGUUGUAGGUCAGCGUGUUGGAGAGGUGGCCACACUGUCUGCUCGGACUAAUCCCCACGGCGGAGGACUGUCUGGACUUCGUGUCGUUGAUGUCACCUCUCAGAGGAUACGCAUCACAUGGUCACCUACCGCAAGGGCAACUGGUUAUAGGAUCACUUGGCGUCGUGAUGAUGAGUCAGAUCAGUCUGUGGUUGGGACGGUGACGUCACUGCAAGUCCAGGAGACCCGUGGGGAGGUCGUUCGAGUCACUUGGGUCGGUGUGCAGGGAGCAACGUCUUAUCGAGUGUCUUGGAAGAGAACGGAUGGUGGUCAAGAGAGGAGUCAGUUGGUGGGUGGAGAUGUGACAGCAGUGGAUUUAGACCGGCUGGACCCUGGAGCUCAGUAUGAGGUGCAGGUCAUGGCUUUAGUUCAAAACCGAGAGGGAACCCCUGUGUCUGUCAGAGUCACCACACAUACCAGCCCAGGGCUGUCGGUUACGCUGCCUUCAUCGUCCAGCUCCUACCAGGUGACUGGGUUGCGUUUGGGCCGUCGAUACCGAUUCAGCGUGAGGCCCUCCUUUCAAAGUGGAAUGGGAAGAGAGAGCUUUGUGGACGAACGCACUGUGUGUCUGGGUGGACGUCUGGAUGUGGUGUUUCUGGUGCCUGCAUCUACUGAUCGGAUUGGCCUUGCAAGGAAUCUGCGUGAACUCGUCACCAGUGCAGCAGGCUCACUUACCAAUGUUGGACCCCGUGACUCACAGGUUGGGGUUGUAGUAUAUGGAUUUAGACCAAAAAUAUGGUUCCUGCUCAACCGCCACAGUAGAUCUGACACACUGCUCCAAGAGAUCCAGUCCACACCAUUUGAUGAAAGCCCAGGGAAUAACAUUGGUGAGGCGGUGACUUUCACCAGACAGUACCUUCUGACCCCCUCAGCCGGACGGAGACCAACAGUACCUGGUCCAGGUCCAGACCAGUGCUCCAUUCAGUGCCCUCGGGGUGAGAAGGGAGAACGUGGAGACAGGGGUGAGAGAGGCAGAGAUGGUGUAGAUGGACGCAAUGGAGAGCCUGGUCGCGAUGGUAUUCCCGGGCCGGAAGGCCCCAGAGGCCCUGACGGACGCCCGGGUCCACCAGGCCAGUCCAUCCCUACUGACCCCUCACUGGGGGUGAAAGGGGAAAAAGGGGAGAGAGGUUUCCCUGGUAUCGAUGGAAGUCCAGCGUUGCCAGGACGGCCAGGUGCCCCCGGAAAUGCAGGUGUCCCAGGUUCACAGGGGAUACCUGGUAUCAGAGGAAACCCAGGUGAACCAGGAGGAACAGGUCCACAAGGGCCAAAGGGUGAUAGAGGUGAAAGGGGUGAACCUGGUUCUUCUGUGUCUGGAGGGGGUUUUCCAGGGAGGAAAGGAGAACCAGGCAUCUCAGGAAUACCGGGAAAUCCAGGUCGACCGGGCAGCGACGGGGUCAAAGGAACCUCUGGAGUUCCAGGGACACCAGGUCAGGAUGGUCGCCCUGGGAUACCAGGAACGCCAGGACUCUCCAUCAAGGGAGAUAAGGGCAGCUCAGGAGAGAGGGGACCUCCAGGAGUCGGCAGCGGGGUGGCUGUGAAGGGCGACAAGGGCUCCCCUGGUGCUACAGGACCUCCAGGGGCUCAGGGUCUGAGAGGGCCAACAGGACCAGAGGGCAGAAAAGGAGACAAGGGCGAUGGGAGUGAUGGACAGCCUGGAACUCCAGGCAAACAAGGGGAGCCUGGGGACAGGGGCCCCCGUGGACCUCCAGGAGAAAUUGGCAGCAAGGGUGACCGAGGACAGCCAGGUGAGCCUGGAUCACAGGGAGACAGGGGGGAGAGAGGACCGGCUGGUGAAACUGGGGAGAGAGGGGACCCAGGGAAGCCAGGCCUUCCAGGAACACAAGGGCUGAGAGGUUUAUCGGGACUCGGUGGACCUCCAGGAGAAAAGGGAAAUGACGGCGCGCGAGGGGAACCUGGCAGAAGUGUUCCAGGUUUCCCAGGCAAGAAGGGAGAACAGGGGGAGCGAGGCCUGCCUGGUUCUGAGGGCACGAGGGGAGAAAAGGGAGAGCAGGGGCAGAGAGGAGAGAAAGGGGCUUCAGGUUCAGGAGGGUCAGGAGUUGGCGGAGCUAAAGGAGAGCCGGGAGAGCGAGGCCUCGCUGGUAUUAGUGGAAGACCGGGUGCCAAGGGAGACCCGGGGGAACCAGGAGAGAGGGGAGAGAACGGGCGCCCAGGAAUCCCAGGAAAACCCGGUUCUCCUGGUAAAGAGGGAGAGAAAGGAGAGAAGGGCGAUGAAGGCACUCCUGGGGAGUCUGGACUUCCAGGAAAGUCAGGAGAAAGAGGACUGAGGGGACUGGCUGGUCAGCCCGGAAGGCCAGGAGAGAAGGGAGACAUGGGAGACCCUGGAGAGCACGGGAGAAAUGGCAGCCCUGGACCUGCUGGAGUAAGAGGAGAGAAAGGCGAACAGGGACCUCAAGGGCCUGCAGGACCACCAGGAAAAGUGAGCGAUAUCCAGGGUCAGCUGAGAGGAGAAAGAGGCGAGAAGGGCGAUGCCGGCGACCCAGGAGAGCACGGUCAGAAAGGUCAGAAAGGCGAAGGAGGGAUUCCUGGAGCUGCAGGACUACGUGGUCCAGAGGGACAACGAGGGCCUGCAGGCACAAGAGGUGAUGCAGGAGAAAGAGGAGCACCUGGAGAGAAGGGAGAGAGGGGAGCAUCUGGCCUAGAUGGGCGUCCUGGUCUGGAUGGUAAACCAGGUGCUGCCGGACCACCUGGACAGAGGGGUGAUCCUGGGAAACAGGGAGACUCUGGGAGAGAUGGAUUACCAGGACUAAGAGGGGAGCAGGGUCCCCCUGGGCCUGUUGGGCCUCCAGGCAAUUCAGGGACACCUGGUAAAGCAGGGGAAGAUGGCAAACCUGGACCUGCUGGCAAAAUGGGUGAGGAUGGAGUGCCAGGUGAAGAUGGAAGAAAGGGUGACAAAGGAGAAGCUGGAGCAGCUGGAAGAGAUGGCCGUGAUGGACAGAAAGGAGACCGGGGUCUCACCGGACCUGUAGGCCCCACUGGUCCCCAGGGAACUCCUGGAGUGCCUGGCAGCAUUGGUCCUCCUGGACAGGUUGUGUUUGUAAAAGGAGUCGAAGCAGCACCGAUCCCAGGUCCUCAGGGGCCUCCAGGAACACCUGGUGUCCCUGGAAUCCCAGGAGCUGUAGGAGGCAGAGGGGAAAGAGGUCAACCUGGCCUUAAAGGUGACGCUGGAGACCCAGGCGAGGACGGGGCACCAGGAAAACCAGGAACAGCAGUGGAUGUCCAAAAAGCUCUGGCAGGCUUUGGUAUUCGGGUGUCUGAUCUGAAGGUGGUUGUGGACAGGAAGGAUGCACUCGUGGCUGCUCCAGCGCAAAAGCCAGAGAAAGGUGAAAAGGGGGAUAGAGGUGAAGCUGGACAGAGAGGACCAUCUGGUGCAGAUGGCGCUCGUGGUUUUCCAGGAGAGAGAGGAUCCAAAGGAGACCAAGGGGAGCGAGGAACGGCAGGAGCACCUGGGCCUAUGGGAAGAGCCAUUGGGGAACGAGGGCCAGAGGGACCCCCGGGGCCUGCUGGAGAGCCAGGCAAGCCUGGAAUACCAGGAGUUCCUGGGCGAGCUGGGGAACUGGGGGAGGCUGGAAGACCUGGAGAAAAGGGGGAGAGAGGAGAAAGAGGUGACAAAGGAGAUGCUGGUAAAAUUGGAUUAACAGGACCAGCCGGCCCACCAGGUCAAAAGGGAGCAUCCGCUGACUCAGUGCUGGUUGGUUCACCUGGUGCCAGAGGCCUUCCAGGACUUGCAGGCCAGAAAGGAGAACCUGGUGCUGGAGGACUAACAGGACCCAAAGGAGACAGAGGUUUUGUGGGGCCUCAAGGUAACAAAGGAGACAGAGGAGAGGCUGGAGAAAAAGGACGCGAUGGCUCACCGGGAAUACCAGGAGAACCUGGAAAAUCUGGUCAGGAUGGAAAACCGGGCUUGCCUGGGUUCCCAGGAGUUCUAGGCAGACCGGGAAACCCAGGAGAGCCUGGCAUUAGAGGCCCUACUGGUCCCAUGGGUCCAAAUGGACUGCCAGGUCCACCAGGUGUGAAGGGUAAUCAAGGAGAAGCAGGAAUUGGUGUCCAGGGUCCUCCGGGUGCCCAGGGGAGCACAGGUCUGCCAGGACCAGCAGGCCCUCCAGGAGCCAUAGGUCCACAGGGCCCCCCAGGACUGUCAGGACAGGUGGGUGAAGCAGGUAAACCGGGGGUCCCUGGAAGAGAUGGGGUCCCUGGCAAAGAAGGAAUACCCGGAUUACCAGGAAAGCAGGGCAUUUCUGGACCUUCAGGCCAGGCCGGCUUAAAGGGAGAGCAGGGAGAUAGCGGCCCUCCAGGGAAGUCUGUGGCUGGACCCCCCGGACCCAAAGGAGAAAGGGGUCUUCCUGGUCAAACACUGCCAGGCAUAGCUGGAGAGAGAGGUCUGCCUGGUGAAAAGGGCAACAGGGGAGACAAAGGUGCUUCUGGCAUCAAAGGAGAAAGAGGAGCAGCUGGUGAACCAGGAGAUCCUGGAGAAGAUGGAGCACAAGGAUCUUCUGGACCGAAAGGAGAUAAGGGAGAGAAGGGCAUCGGGCUAGCAGGUUCUCCUGGUCGGGAUGGGCCUGCAGGUUUAAAGGGUGAUCCAGGGCUUCCUGGUCCAGCAGGGCCUCCUGGGCCACCGGGGAAGUCAGGGAACACUGGGCAGCCAGGUGUGAGAGGAGAAAAUGGACAACCAGGACCCCAAGGGCCUUCAGGAGAGAGGGGUCUCCAAGGCUUUGCAGGUCGUGCAGGAAAUGUUGGACCUCCUGGUCCUGCUGGUCCUGCUGGACAGGCAGGUUCUCCUGGAGCUGCUGGGGUCAAAGGGGACAAGGGGGAAGUUGGUGUUGGCGUACCUGGUCCCAGAGGAGAGAGAGGAGAUCCAGGGCCCAGAGGCGAGGAGGGUCGAGCCGGCUUGGACGGGGAGAGAGGACCAACAGGUCCUCCAGGGAUCCGCGGAGCUCGAGGAGAGAAGGGAGACGGCGGGCUGCCAGGUGACAAAGGAGAGAAGGGGGACACUGUGCUGGUGGGAGGACCUCCUGGAGAAAAGGGCAACAAAGGAGAAACAGGUGACAGAGGACCCAAAGGUGUACAAGGAGAAAAAGGGGGGAAAGGCCAAGAGGGUCCAGCUGGAGAGCAGGGUCUGAGGGGAGAGCCUGGAGAACGAGGAUCCACUGGAUUCCCAGGUGCCCGAGGUCCUGGAGGACAGAAGGGAGAAGCAGGCCUGCCUGGAGUACCUGGUGAAUUGGGUUUACCAGGAAAAGAUGGACUGCCAGGGUGGAAGGGGGAUAAGGGAGAGCUUGGUAUUGUGGGAAUGAGAGGAAUCAAGGGUGACAGAGGACCCAAGGGGGUUUGUGGAGGCGACGGGCCCAAGGGAGAAAAGGGGGAUGCUGGUCUUCAUGGACGGUCAGGCCUACCGGGGAGGAAAGGUGAACAGGGUGACGUUGGACCUCCUGGAGCCCCUGGGACCCCUGGAAAAGAGGGACUAGUUGGUCCCAAGGGGGACCGCGGGUUUGACGGGGUUGCAGGACCCAAAGGCUCUCAGGGAGAGAAAGGUGAAAGGGGUCCACCUGGUGUACCUGGGCCUCCGGGUCCCAGAGGAGUGGAUGGGGCUUCCGGCUUGACUGGCCCACAAGGACCAGCUGGUGCUAAAGGCCCUGAGGGGCUCCAGGGACAGAAGGGAGAGAGAGGCCCAAUCGGUCCAGCCAUGGUCGGUCCACGAGGCAUCCCAGGGAUCCCGGGAGAGCGAGGAGAGCAGGGAGAGAUGGGCCCAGAUGGAGGCAAGGGAGACAGAGGAGAGCCAGGCAUGACGGAGGAUGAGAUCAGACAGUACGUUCGCACCGAGAUGAGUCAGCACUGUGCGUGCGGAGGUUCAGGCCCCAACAUUCGGUCCCAGCCCACCGUCAGGGCUCGGCCUGCACCAGAGCAGCAACUGGUACUGAAGGGUGCGGAGGGCCGCGAGCUGCGUGUGGUGGUAAACACCAAUGACCCAGACUACGAGCACAUCUACUCCAUCGAGGCCUACGAUGACCCCGUGGACGAGCUGCUCUACUUGCCUCCGUCUGCCAACCAGAGUGACGGUGAGGUCGAUAAUAAGGAAUCUGAGAAAACAGUCAGAUUCGAACCAAACAAACCAGCGAGUGGAGUCGCUCAGAAAACAGCAACAGUUGGUGGUCAGAAAGCAGUCAAAGUUAUACCUGCAAAAGCAGUCAAGUCCAAAUCAGUCAGGUCCAAGAGGAGAGUCAAAGGGGAAGCUCCAGCAGACCUGUGCCUGCUGCCCAUGGAGGAGGGGAGCUGUGAGCGAUACACUCUGCGCUGGUACUUUAACAGUGAGGUUCAGGCCUGCAGGCCCUUCAUCUACAGCGGUUGUGAAGGAAAUGACAACCGCUUUCUCCACCUGGAGGAGUGUGAGGAGGUCUGCCUUGGGGAGGCUGAAGGUCCUCAUCCCUCAAAGACAGCACGAUGAUUGUGGCCAAAUCCUCUGCUGCCACAGGAAUGUUAGCCUUUAUAUAGCUUUUAAGGAUUAUCUUGUUGUCAAAUGUCUGUGGUUUUGUUUGUUUUUGUUUAUUUGUUGUUGUUGUUUUAAGCCCAACCAAACUUUACCCCAGUUUGUCAGGAGAUACCAGAAUAUGCCUCGUUGGUUUCUCUUACUAUGUGCCGUAGUAAAAAA